GCUCUUGCAGAGCUCCAUGCUCGCAAUUGCAUCCACAAGGACCUGAAGUUGGAGAACAUCAUGUUUGACAGGACUCCGCCAGCGAACGCCAAGGUCGACUGGGCCAGCUUCAUGGGUGGCGACCAGUCUCCCGUGAAGGUAAAGCUCAUCGACUUCGAUACCGUGGAGACCGUGCAGCCUCAGACCCCGAAGAAGGCUAAGGAUGUCCUGGGAACUGACCAGUACAUCGCCCAGGAGGCCUACGAUGGCAACUACUCGGCCGCUUCGGACAUCUUUGCCGUGGGUGUUAUUGGCUACAGGCUGUUGACCAGCAAGUUUCCCUACAAAGCUGACAUUUUCGACGACGAGGCGGGCGACAACUGGGUCGGCUCUCCGAAGAUGAAGGAGAUCAGGCAGAAGCUCUGCAACUAUAAGAUCGACUGGAACCACCGGAUUUUCAGCAUUGAGCCGCAGGCGUGCAACCUGAUUAAGCAAAUGCUGGCGACGAACGAGACGGCAAGACCCACUGCAAAGGACGCCCUGUCGCAUCCUUGGCUCAAUGAGACGCAGCGCCGCCGAUCUCUGCCGAAUCUUGGAGAUUCGCCCAUGAAAUCAUCGCCGUCCUUGCCGAACGAAGUGUCGGUGACGCGAAUGGCAUCGGAUGCUUAA